UAAAUAUGUUUUGAAAUUAGAAGCGAAAAUGUUGCUGCAAAUAUUGUUUAGCUUUUUUAUCAUUAGUGGAUCUUACGCUAAGACGGACGUAGAGAUCAAGGCGUGGUUCUUAGGCCAAGCAGUCGAGUGUAGCAAAGAUCAUCCUGUUACCACUGAGGAGCUCAGAAUGCACAAACAUGAAUUACCAGAUAGCAAAAAUGCUAAAUGUUUAAUGAAGUGUGUGUUUAGAAAAUGUAAUUGGUUGGACAGCAAAGGAAUGUAUGAUAUAAACGCCGCCUAUGCAUCAUCAACAAAAGAUUUUUCCGAUGACAAGACGAAACAGGAAAAUGCAAACAAACUGUUUGACACUUGUAAAAGUGUGAACGAGGAGAAUGUAGGCGACGGCGAAGAAGGUUGUGACAGAAGUCUAUUGUUGGCUAAAUGUCUAACCAAGGCAGCGCCUCAGUUCGGCUUCCAACUCUGAAUCCUUCAAGCAGCUUGCUUAACUUAAAAUAAGUAAUGUUCCACAUAAUAUCUACGUAUUUUUAAUUGAAUAAAAUUUUUUGCGAA